AUGGCCCUUGCAGCAAGUGAGCUACAGCCAGGACUCGUCUCCUGGGCAGUCCUUGGUGAGCAUUGGGACUCCUUGCCUGAUGCAGUACAGAGUGUGCUCCGAAAGAAUGGGUUGGCCCCAUCGCAGCCCGCUGAACAAGAAGAUCCGCUGAUCAAGCUGUUGCAGCAGCACAAGGAUGCUUUGCCGGACCAGAUCAAGGCAGAGCUUGACAAGAGGGACCCUGAGCCUUUUGAAGUUGCCCUUGCUACCCAAGAUGCUUUCAAGACUGCAGUGGGAAAGCUGAGGGAAUUGGGCAACAGGAAGCUGCUUUUGCAGCAACGCAUUGACAAUGCAAAGGCUGCAUUCACGGCAUUGCUUUCGCAGAUGCAAAACUUGCAGGCGGAAAUCAAGGAAGCUGAGCAGAAAGUUGAAAAAGUUGGGGGAGACUACCACGAGAAAGUCCUCAAGACCGACGACGAAGCCGAUACUAUGGAUGUGGAAGCUGUGUUGGGUCAGCUUGGUGUCCAGCUGACCCAGGAGCAGCAGGCUACUUGGAAAGCCAUUCAAGCCGAGCAUGCAUCCAAGCGCCGCAAAGCCGAGGCUAUGGAAUCUCCGCCAGGCCUUGGGCGAGGAGACAUGCUGGGCGCUGGGGUUCCAACCAAGAGGCUGGGAUUGCUGCAGGCCCGCCACCUCGAUGUUAUGGCCAUACACCUGCGCAACUUGACUCUCCGUCAGCUGCUGCUUGACAAGUGGGUGCUGCAAGUGAGCGAGGAUUUGCUUUCCGUUGACUUGAAGUCUUCUCACGAUCUUUUAAACUGGUGUGAGGCAGUUUGUACCUUCCUUGCCCAGGACGAGUGUGCAUCUGACCUACUUAGGGUCCCUGGUGGCCCUCCUUUUGUAACAGGCCAUCUUCGUGAUGGUACGAUUGGGAGUGCACUCGCUGCCGUUUUCCAUGCAUUGCCACUUCCGACCUUCACCCCUGAAACACCUAUCCUUGAAGAACCGGCUUGGGUGUUACCCCUCCGGACUGCUAAAUGGUCUCCUGCAAGCAGGGCUGUGCCCUUCAAGACCACGGGCCCUAUGUUCUUUUCCCAAUCCCUGUUUGAUGAUGGAGAUACUGUUGUGUCCUCGCUGGACACUGUGGAGCCUUCGGUCAGGUCGAGAUGCCCGAAGACUGGUACCCCGAAAUCUCAUCCCCGGUUGACCCGUCAGAAGAAAAUCAAGGAAUGGAUUGGUCUCCUUGAUAUUCUUGAGGCUCAACCAGUGAUGGAUAUGCCGGCUAAGGAGGCUGAACUGCUCCAAUGGAUUGAGGACUUUGGAGAGCAGUACGAUCAAGGGUCUUUGGAGUGCUGGACCUUGAAUAGGAUAUGUCAACUUCUGGAGCGGUCUAACGAUGACACCCUUGGAGUGAUCGAGGCGAUUGAGGCUGUUCUGGCUGGUUUCCGCAAACAGAAUACUGGUCCCAAGUCCCUCCUCAUAGGUAGCUCAGGAGGACUUCUCACUCUUGCACCCUCGCAUCGCAAUGCUGCCACAGGCCCGGCCUUUAUGUCUGCAGGCAAGGGGUUUGUUUCUGUUUCGAUUCGAUUUCAGGGCUGGGAUCUCUUGUUAGUUAACUUGUAUCUCCAGUCAGGAGUGGGCCCGACUGGUGGACUCAACCCGGAGAUCCUUUCUCGUCUGGCGGCGGUCCUUGACCAAACCAGCACCCAGUGGCUGGUGCUUGGUGACUGGAAUUGUUCCCCGGCCGAAUUGCUCCGCCUAGGGUUUGUUGAUAAAGUGAAGGGCCAGGUGGUCGCCCCUGGUGGUCCUACCAUUAACACUGGAGGCACCUUGGAUUAUGCUGUUGCCUCCAAGAGGAUGGCCCCAGUGCUCUCCGUCUCGUCCUCUUGGGAUGUCCCAUUCAAACCGCAUUGUGCUGUGACGGUGGAGCUCAGGGUAGGGGUUGCAGAUCUGCCUGUUCGUCAGCUAAAGGGCUUCCCGCUGGAACCCACUGCCCUCUGCCCGGACGAAUUGUCCAUGCCGGAAGUCCAACCUGGUGGCUUUUGGGAUUGUUCCCGACCGAUUGACUAUGAAUGGGCUUCAUUCACUGCUGGGGUGGAAGAACAACUCUUCUCUGUGCAGGCCUUGCAGGACCUCCUAGUUGCUCCUGACUUGCAAAGCCAUCACCUUGCACUUGAGAUUAUCGCACAGCAGGGGCGAUCAGCCUUGAAAGAGGCGGUGCGCAAGAGUGAUGAAGCAUACUCGCAAUGGUUGGAAGAAGCUUGCAAAGGGGGUAUGCGAGGUCCAAUGGUGGCGAAGGUGAUCAAACGAAUGCCGACUAAAGCUAUUGGUGCAGACGGGUGGAGUGUCCAGAUGCUUAAAUGUCUUGCCCCCUUGCAGCUUGAAAGAUUGGCACAAUUCUUUAAUACCUGGGAGGGUCAGGGUGCUUUCCCGACCCAGCUCUCGGUUGUUCUGGUUGCACUCAUUAACAAGUCUGAGGAUGAGGAGCGCCCAAUUGGACUGACGCCAGUCCCAUACCGACUGUGGGCAAAGAUACGUUGGCCUGUCUUUGAGAAAUGGCUCCGGGAAUAUGCUGCCACCCAGGAUUGGGACAGGGCAAAGAAGGGCCUUUCAAGUCUUGAUGUUGCGUUGCGCCGCAAGCUGUCGCAUGAAAUCCUCCACCGGAAAAAGCGACAUUCAGUGACAGUGCUUUUAGAUUUAAAGGCCUUUUAUGAAAAUGUCCGACAUGAUAAUUUUGUCAAGCAGGCAAUUUCCCUCAAAGUUCCGCCGUUGAUCCUGAAUGCAGCAAUGUCGCUAUACUCUGCUCAGCGCUUGAUCAGUGCUGAACACUGUGUCUCUGGUCCGAUCAAGCCCACCAAGGGCUUAGUUGCGGGCUGCCCAUUUGCGCCUGGUCUCAGUAAGAUCCCUUUUGACGAGAUCCUGCGCCCGGCAUGGGUUUCUGGCCUUGCCAAAACCAUUGAUCUCUACAUUGACGAUACUAGCUUUGACACUGAGGCUGGUAACCCCCACACAGCAGCGCGCCGGGCGGUGCAAUUGUAUAAGGCUGUGGUAGGAGGUUUGACAACUGCUGGCCUCCCAGUCAGCCUUGGCAAGACAGCUUUUGUAUGCUCGUCUCAAAAAGUUGAAGCUGCCCUUAAAGAGUAUCUUCCUGAAUCUGAUCAAAUCAAGAAUGCCGCGAAGGACCUGGGGAUUGAUUGUACGGCUGGGCGUAGAAGGGCGGGGGUCCAAACGGUGGGCCUUUAUGGCCAUGAGGCAGUUGGGCUUGCGCCAAAGCGUAUGCAUUGGUUGCGUGCUUCCUUCGCACAUGAGUUGGGGCGAAUGUCUUUGGGCUCUGUUGACCUCACCAUUGACCAUGCGUGCCCUAAGCGGCCGGACCCGGCCUUUACUAUAAUUUCCCAGCACUUCAAGGCCAUUCACAGGCUUCUGGGCUUCAUUCCCGAUAGCCAAAGGCAGCACUUUGAUGAUGUCUUGCCGGGUAUGUGGCUUGAAGACUCACAGGCGGAGUACCCCUGGAAGCGCGCUGCAGGGCCGGUUGGGGCCCUCCUAUGUUACCUGCUUGACUUGGGUUGGACCCCGGUCAGUGCGGACACUUGGAAAUGCCCUGAACAAUCGCACAGCAUCACCACCAAAGUAGGCAUGCACCACCUCCUUUGCUCCCUAUCUAAGGAAACUGAUAGGAGAGGUCAGGACUCAUGGCUGUUUGGCAAGGAGCGAUUCGUGCUGAUCCUUUGUGACUGGUGGCGAACCAACCUCCCGGAACCGGCUUCCUUUCCUAGAUUUCGGCAAGAGUGGCCCAUUUCGUCACUGUGGGCCAGAGGCCUUCUGCCGACUCCGCCUUACCCUGAUGAUGGGGAAUGGGUACGAACUACUGGUGCCUGGUGUGAUGGCCAGGUCAUUUGUGGCGAGGCGAUAUACUUUGCUACUGAUGGCUCCCCGGGGAAAUCCAAGGACCCCAGGUUCCAUCGGUAUACCUGGGCUGCGAUUGCCUUUAAGCUUGAAGGGGAUGAGCCCGUCACGAUCGCGACAGCUGUCGGCUCACUGAAAUCUCCGCUAUCGGUGUUCCGGGCGGAGGCAGCGGCUGUCAAGUUUGUUGCUGAGCAUAGUGAAGGGAACGCAGACCUCACCUUGGAUUGCAAGGGCAUCCUGCCCAGAGUGAAUGGUACACCUUCCAUCCAGUCUGCCGAUCUCUUCGACCCCAUCCGACUGCAUGCACAGAGACUCAGCCUUAACUGGGUAUCCUCGCAUUUAACGGAAGAACAAUUCCGAGCAAAGUUUGGUGCUAACCAGCUUUGGAGGCGACGUGCUAACGAAAUUGUGGACCAGCUUGUUGGCACGGCUGCCGAAGCUCGUAGGGACCUGAACUUUGAAUCCCAAAUUAAAAAGCGUGAUGCUGUUGCCAUUCAGGUUAACUCCUUGUUGGCCAAGAGAGCUGCAGCUCUCCUUUCGUAUGACAAGGACCAAGGACCGCUGGUUCAGCGGAGAAGGGUGGAACCGCAGGAUGAGCAAGCCCCUGAGGCCGGGCCACAACACGUGCAACCCCCUGAGCCCUUGGUGGAUAACCAGGCUCAGGGGAGGAGGAAUCCUGGAGUCGUGCUUCGGGAAAAUCCUCAGCUUGAGCAGCACAAUCCUGUGCACCGCCCCCCAGCCGUGGUGGCAAACCAGGCUGAGAGGGAUGAAGCUCCUGGAAUUGUCCUUCGGGAGAAUCCCCAUGCACCUGGGGCUGGUCCGGUUUUGGGUGCCCCAGACCAGGACAGCUGCUCUGAAGAAAGCGAGGAGGAGCCAAUGGUGCCUGAUCCCAUUGUGCAUCCCGAGCCUCCUCCAGCACCGCCAGCUGCGCCUAUGCUGCCUGCCCCGUUGAACUUUGACGAUAUGGAUCAGGAAGCGGGCGCAGCCUUUGCUAUUGCUGGGAGGGCUCGCAAUACCAAGCCAGGAUUGGUGGCUUUCAAAUCCGAUCUGGGCUAUCCUGGUGUCUUCCAGGCCCUCCCCAAGGACCUGAUCCACGUGUGGUUCAAUGACACGGGGGACAGCACUGCGGCGUAUAUCCACAAUGGAAGAACCAGAUUCGGAUAUGACGCUGGUGGUGGCUACGUCUUGAAGGUUGGGACGAAGCAGGCGUUUGGAGAUGAGGUGGCGAUUUCGGCCUUGCUUCCUAAGGUGGCAGCCACCAUCAUUGGGGCUGGAUCUACGACACUGCAGGUGCUGCUCUCUGGGCGACCAUGGGAGUUCAGGUCCCAUUUGGUGGCUUGGUCGAUGGUGGAAAAAGUCGAGCUCCUCACGGAUUUUGGUUCUCGGAACCAGAUCCACCCUCAGUGGUCCUUGUAUGCCUUCGCCCUCCUUUUGCAAUUGAGCCGGCUUAAUGCUGGAAGUUGGAUUCCCAAGUAUAGCUUGCGCAGCUUCAUCGAGACCCUUCGAUGUGUCUGUGACGUCACGCCGUUGGAGCCGUAUCUCCGCAGGCAGGCGGUGGUCCCUUGCCUCAACGAUAUCAUUGCAGUUCUCCCCGCUGCGCUCAAGGCAAACUUGGAAAUCCAAAUGGUCCUCAUGGACGGCCGACUUUCUGAUUGGGCUCACCUUGCUGCAUUGGCUAACCAAUAA